GUUCGCUCGAAAGCCAUGUCUCAGCACUGGACAAUCGAUGAUUUCAUUGCCGAGUUGGGGCAUUUGGACUCACUGGCCCAGAACAGCCCCAACAGCCCUGUGGUCCAGUCCAUGACGAAUGCAUUCAUAUCUCGCAUCCAAGCGGCAUCCAAUUGGACAUCGGCCGGUAUCGUGGCCAUGCUGGAGAAAGCCAAUAGCAUGCAGGCCGACGUGAAGCCCAGCCUCGUGACUGCCAUAGAGUCAUUGAACACCAUGACAGGCUCGCAUCUUCGCCUCACAUCCUCGGGUCAGAAGGUAUUGGACUUCAGCCCGUACCUGACUACCAUGGAUUGGGAAUGCAUGUCGGCCGGCAUCGUGGCAGACAGCAUGUCCAUGCUGGCAAAGCGAAUGCGGUGCAUGGGGAUUACAUCAGCCAAGGAGUGCUUGGUCCGGCAUGCCAUAGCCCUGCUGCUUUGGCAGCAGCAUACAUUGGGCAAACCCAUGGCAUCACCGUCAGCCAUCCAUGACAUGGUUGAGGACUUCAAGACCAUACUCCAUGCCACCCCCAUGCCUGCCACCCAUGGCGCCGGGGUGUUGGUGUACCCCAGCACACCUGCAGAGAUGGGCCAAGACUGGCUGUUGCAAGCAUACGGCAAUCAUCAUAGGCCGGCGGGACGGACCAUCCAGUUGGCACAUUGGUCCAAGGCCAUUCCCAUGCGGUCCACAUCCUCAUUGCUGAAGCCCAUGCCGAAUCCUGCCCAGGCACGGCCAUCAGACAGUGCUGGGGAUGGGCAUGCCCUUGCUGGUGUUGCUGGGGCAUUGUGCCAGUUCCUCAACAACUGGGCCCCAUCAGCUAAGGCGCCCGCAGCUGCAUCGCAUGCUGCACCCUCCACACUGGCAUUGCCGUCCUCAGAGCCAUCGCACAGACCCGUUGCCACACCGGCACGAGCUCCAUCUGUGCAUGCAGCCGCAGAGGAAGCUCCGGAAGCCAAUGGGUGUCCCAUGGAUGGCAAGGAUGAGGACAGCCAUGAGACUGAGAAGAACCAUGCGAAGACAUUGGAAGAAUGGGACAAGGAAACAUUCGAGAAGUUGUCCCAGAAGAGGAAGGCAGAGCAUAAGCCAUCUGCCAAGGGCAAAGCAAAGGCCAUGCCCAAGGCAAAGGCCAAGGCCAAGGCCAAGGCAAAAAGCUUGGCCAUGAAGGCACAUGGACAUGAGAAGGCAGCAUCGGCAGAGACCGCAUCGACCAAGGCACAUGACCUGAAGCCGGGGGUGCCUCCCUUCGGGCCAUGGUCCCUUCAACUUUACACAGAUGAAGUGGUGCCUGGGAACGUCUUAGGACGUGCUGAUCGCAAGUUCUGGACCAUAUAUGGGACCAUCAUGGAAUUUGACAACCAUGCUCAGCGAGAGAACCAUGGAUUCCAUGAACAGCUUUGGUUCACAUUGUGCACAGUCCGGUCGAGCAUCAUCAUGCAAGCAGAUGGAGGCAUCGCCCAGGUCAUGGCAAUGAUUCUUGAAUCCAUUUUUUGCAAUGACAUGAUCCACCUUCCUCAUGGAGGGUUGCUCCUCAAGCAUCCCAUGGGCCCACAAGAAGACAUUCGGUUGCACAUGACAUGGAACUCCAUGAUAUGCGAUGGGGCUGCUCAUAAGGCUGUGUGGAGCUCGAAAGGCGACGCUGGUACAAAAUUUUGCAUGUUGUGUGCUAAUGCCAUAGGGCAUCGGCCAACAUUGGAACAACAGCAGGCCAUGCCGGAGCCAUUGCCAGAUGACGAGCUUUUCAUAGAUACCUCAUGCACCACAUACCGUCAACUCCGGUUGGUGUCUGACCAUGAAGUCUUGGCAUCUUAUGCAAGGCUGGCCGCAAAACAUGGCACAUGCACCAAGAAGGAGUUCACGAAAUGGGAGCAGGCAUGUGGCAUCACAUUCAGCAAGAAAGCAUUGUUGACGAACGAAGCAUUGCUGGAGCGAUCUUUGCUUCGACCAUGCACGACAUUUUGUCAUGACUACAUGCAUGGUGUGUUUCAAGGAACGGCGGUGGUGGUCCUGCAUCAUUUCUUGCAAGAUGUGAGUGAGCAUCUUGAUGUGUGGCAAUUUUUGCAUGGUUACAUUGAUCAUUUCAUUUUCCCAGCUGCAUGGAAGAUGACCCAUUUGAAGGUCUUGUUCGACGAGAAGCGAGCCAUCAAGGGCAAAAGUGCCCAGAAGUUUUCCUGCAUGGCCUCGGAGUGUGCGGCCAUAUACGGACCCAUCAGGCAGUUUGUCCAUUCGGUUCUGGAGCCUCGAAACAUAUGUCCGGAAGCAUGCAGAGCAUUUCUUGCCAUGGCCUCCUUCGUUGACCAAGUCCAUGAAGGGGUCCAACAUCAGGCCACGACACGUGCAUCCCUUCUUCAUGCGGCCGAGCAGGCCAUUAGCACCUUCAAGACAUGGGGCCCAUGCGGCCUCAUCCGGAAGUGGCACUGGACAUUGCAUUUGCCUGACACAUUACAUCGCUAUGGUUAUCUUCCUUCAUGCUUUGCAGCAGAACGGAAACAUAAAACCAUAAGCACACAUGCGACGAAACUGCAGAAGACGAUGCAGUUCGAGCUCCAUCUCAUGCAAGCCAUCGUGCCCGACGAGCUGCAGGCAUUGAAGGAGCCGAACCUCUUCCCGGCAGGCAUCCAUUUCAUGAAGGCCAAGAAGGCAAAGCCCAUGGAACUCAAAACCAUGGCUGACUUCCUCAGCCAGAAACCAACAGAGGCCCACGUGGCAAGUGCUGCGAGGUUGCCCCAUGGCGCCCAGAUCCAUAGUCAGGACGUGGUCGUGUAUAACAUGGACAGGCAGACAUGGGAAGUGGGCCAGGUGCUUUUCCAUGCUGACGUUUUCAACACCCAGGUUUCACUCGUCCAUGCUUGGGACAUGCUUGAAUCCCAUCCGAAGCACAGGGUGGCCGUCUACCAUCCCUCAGGCCGACACGGCUUCAUUCCGGUGCAGGCCAUAAUGUUUGCAGUGGUUUUCAGGAAGCCAGAGCAUGGACCAGCCAAAGUGCUCAUGCCAUACUCCAUGUACUCCCGUGCCCAAUUCGCCCAAAAAUGCAUGCAGUGCUUUGCUUUGCAGCUGCACAUGCUUCAUGGUCUACAUCGGUUUCUUAUCCAAGCCAUUUGGCUCUUGACUUUGACAUGUCUUUUCUUUUUUGUCACCGAAGAGGGCCAGCUCUGUUACCUGAACAGAGUGGUGAAGGGCUUCGAGGCGCAGGCGAUGCCGCUGGAGAAGCAUCAAGAGUUGUUGCAGUUUUCGCAGAUGUGGGUUGGAGCUUUGCCGGCCUUGCGAGCGAAAUUUGAUGAGAAGAUUAUGGCUCGCCUCGAAGACAUGUUCAUGCAGGGGCUGUUGGACACGGACCUUCGCGGGCAGUUGCACGGCCGGGACAGCAUGAACGUGGACAAGCUUCCUGUGGUCUUGGAAAUGGAGGGAAAGGUGUCAGAAGCCUUUGUCCUCAACUCGCACAGCAAGCUCAACAACGCGAAGCACGCCGCACUCAAAGCCGCCUACCAGGUGUGGAGAGAGGAGCUGAAAGCCGACCAGCUGAACCAUGAGACAAUGGUCCGUGCGUGCCUUUCAGAAAGCGCAAAGCGCAGGAAUGCGUUGCUCAGGUCCUUGGAGGAGGCCCACCACCGAGCCUGGGCAAUGGUGGAGGACCACUGCGCUGCGCGGGCAAAGGUCUUUGGGACCCCCGCGAACCAGCUCAACGUGAUGCCGACGAUCCUGCCGCACUUGCAGCAGAGCUUCGGCCCGGCGCUGGAUGGCAAGCCGGGGGAGGAGGCACUGGUGAAAGACGAAGACGACGAAGAGGAGGAGGUAAAGGAGGAGGAGGACCAAGACGACGAAGACGCCGUCGGCGACAGCGAGAAAAACGAUGAGGAGGUGGCUUCGGACCAAGCGGUGAGAGCACUCAGGUACGACCUCCUCAAGCUCUUCAGCGAGCCGAAGAGAAAGUUGGAGGUGAAAGAGUGCAUCUUUCAGUUUUCGGAGGACAGUGUCUUUGGUCUCGGUCCUGCAUCUUGCACGGAGAAACAGUGCAUCUUUCUGUUGUCGGAGGACAGCGUCUAUGGCUCUCGGUCCUGCAUCUUGCACGGAGCGCUGGUGACGGCACGAAACCCCUCGAACAUCUUCCUCAAGUCGAAGCCCUUCAGGCACGGAUUCAUUCAGGGAAUCGAGAUGCUGCCCCGCAAGGACAUGUUCAAGCCUGACAAGGGUCUUCUGACAACGGAUGUCAUGAGCGACAGUCAGGAACAGAGGCAGGCUUCGGCAGAUUAA